CACAAAAUCAAUUCUUAAGACGGCGUUUGAAAACAAUAAACAAAUCGACAACUAAAUGCUUCUCCAAUCACGUUUAACUCGUCCAGUUUUGAGCUCCUUAAGAGCAACCAAGGCCACAGCGCUACGUUUCCAAAGCACCAUCAAAGAGGUUGAGAAUUUGCAAAAGUUCAGAGAACUCAUCGACAGUCCAAAGCUUACAAUUACUGAUUUCUACGCCACAUGGUGUGGGCCUUGUAAGGCGAUCUCACCAGUUUUGGAGAAGUUCAACCAGGAGUACACGGAUGUUCAAUUUUUGAAAGUUGACGUUGAUCAGGCCCAGGAUAUUGCCAUGGAGUAUGGCAUCACUGCCAUGCCAACGUUUGUGCUCUUCAAGGAUAACGAUGCCCUUGGUAAGAUCGUUGGUGCCAACCCUUCGGCUUUGAAGAAGGCAAUCGAAGAGUACAAAUGAUCACACAAUGGGUGUAUGAAUACAUAUAAGGAAAUAGGUAUAUCCAUCGGCAUGUAUACGUUUUAUAUACAAGAUAUUCUCGUCUUCUGUAGAGAAAAGGAGAGAGAAGGAAGGAAUAAAACGGUGGCUAAAAAGCAUUCAG